CCCACCCUCUCCUCUCUCUCUCUCUCUCUCUCUCUCUCUCUCUCUCUCAUUCAAUCCAUAAAUCCAAUAACCCCCCAUUCGCUUCUUAAUCCCUCUUCUUAUUCUUCUCUCUGAAAUCUGUGGGUUGGUUUUUAUCUGGGCCAUGGCGAUUGCAGCUGCAGCUGUCAUCGUCCCACUCAGCCUCCUCUUCUUCCUCUCCGGCCUCUUCGUCAAUCUCCUUCAGGCGAUUUGCUUUGUCUUUAUUCGGCCGGUGUCGAAGAAUGUGUACAGAAGAGUCAACAGAGUGGUAGCUGAGCUGCUGUGGCUGGAGCUUGUUUGGAUAAUCGAUUGGUGGGCCGGCCUCAAGGUCAAAGUGUACACAGACCCCGAAACCUUCCGUUCUAUGGGUAAAGAACAUGCACUUGUCAUAUGCAAUCAUAAAAGUGAUAUUGAUUGGCUUGUUGGAUGGGUUCUAGCUCAGCGGUCAGGUUGCCUUGGAAGCACAUUAGCUGUAAUGAAAAAAUCAUCCAAAUUUCUUCCGGUAAUAGGGUGGUCAAUGUGGUUCUCUGAAUAUCUCUUUUUGGAAAGAAGUUGGGCAAAAGAUGAAAGCACAAUAAAGUCAGGUAUUCAACGGCUGAAGGACUUCCCCCAACCCUUUUGGUUGGCUCUUUUUGUAGAAGGAACUCGAUUUACACAAGCAAAGCUUUUGGCUGCACAAGAAUAUGCAACUUCAACAGGACUACCUGUUCCUAGAAAUGUUUUGAUUCCUCGCACUAAGGGGUUUGUCUCAGCAGUAAGUCACAUGCGCUCAUUUGUUCCAGCUAUAUAUGAUGUGACCGUAGCUAUUCCCAAAAGUUCGCCUGCACCUACACUGCUAAGACUUUUUGAGGGGCGACCUUCUGUGGUGCAUGUGCACAUCAAGAGGCAUGUGAUGAAGGACUUGCCUGAAACUGAUGAUGCUGUUGCGCAUUGGUGUAAAGAUGUGUUUGUGUCCAAGGAUGCGUUAUUGGAUAAACAUGCAGUGGAGCAGACUUUCGGCGAUCAAGAAUUGCAAAUCACUGGGCGGCCAUGGAAGUCACUUGUGGUUGUUACAUCUUGGGCGUGUCUACUGAUUUUGGGAUCCCUGAAGUUCCUCCACUGGUCUUCUCUUCUAUCCUCGUGGAAGGGAAUUGCAUUCACCGCAUUGGGUAUGGGCAUUGUUACUAUCCUCAUGCAGAUCUUGAUUCGGUUUUCUCAGUCGGAGCGUUCGACCCCAGUGAAGGUGGCUCCUACAAAGAAUAAUAACGGAGAGUCUGCUGGCACACCAACUAAACAGCAAUAGGUUACAGCUUCAUUCCCAAGCCUCUUUUAUAACCGGGGAACACGUGAUUCAUGUUACCUCUGUAUUCUAUCAUCCCUGCCUUGCGUGUGUGGCUUAGUCU